AUGGAAAACAUUGCCAAGUAUGUGAUGGAAAGUACCUUUAAUGGUGUGAAACGACACAAUCUGCCUGCUGGGAAAAGCGAUCAUCUCAUCCUUUACUACCAAAACGUUGGUGGUAUCAACUCCUGCGUUAGCGAUUAUCUGCUAGCCUCAUCAUGCUCCUGCUACGAUAUUAGCGCUUUAACAGAAACCUGGCUGAGCGAUAGAACCCUGUCUAGUCAAGUCUUCAGCUCUGACUACACUGUGUUCCGUUGUGAUAGAGGUCCCAACAACAGCACGAAAUCCACAGGUGGUGGAGUUCUGAUUGCUAUCCGAUCCACUCUUUCAGCCAUCCCCAUCUACGAUGAAUCAUGGAACGAUCAAGAAUUCGUAUGGACCCGUAUCGAUCUUGGCACGAAAAAACUCUACGUUGGGGUUGUGUAUCUGCCUCCUGAUCGUACUAGAAAUGCAUCUUUUGCUGAUUCCUUUUCCAGCGGCCUUUCUAAAUUGUGUUCUCUCACACUUCCUGAAGACGACAUCGUUAUCAUCGGGGACUUCAACCUACCAGGACUUAAGUGGAUUCCCUCGCAAGGCAAUUUUUGGUUUGCCGAUCCAACCAACUGUUCCCCAGGUCAGGGGCGAUCUUCGUUUACGGUGCCUUCCAACACGAUUCUCGACUCUCUAAGCACGGCAACUCUCCGCGAGAUCAACAGCAUAGAGAAUGAAAAUGGUCGCAUGCUCGAUCUCUGCUUCAUCAGCGACGGACCCCAAUUGGCUACGAUUGAAGAGGCUCCUACGCCCUUGGUCAAGGUUGUUCCUCAUCACCCUGCUCUGCUGCUUUCACUUGAUAUUCCUAGAGCUUUUGCCCACAUCGAAAAACGUGGUCAAUUCUUUCUCGACUUUAAGAACGCUGAUUUCGUCGCUGUUUCACAAACGCUCGAUGCUAUCGACUGGGAAUCCGAACUGGAAUCUUCCGAUCCGAACGCUGCGGCUAUGAAAUUUUCCCAUAUAAUCAAUUACGUUAUCGAUCGUCACGUACCGAAACGCUCAUCAGUUUCUAACCUACGAGCUCCUUGGGUAACGAAAGAACUGCGACAAAUGAAAACGCUCAAGAAUAAAGCUCUCCGUUAUUACACUAGGCACAAAACUCUCCGCGCUAAAAAUGAGUAUUGCAAACUCAACUCAGCUUACAAAAAACUAUGCUCACGCUGCUACCAGAGCUACUUAAUUCGGAUACAGCGAGGUUUCAAAACAAAACCCAAAUCAUUUUGGCAGUACAUCAAGGGCCAGCGGAAAGAAUCCGGCCUACCGCCCUCCAUGUUUCUGGAUGAUAAUUUAGCGACUUCGGAACCUGAAAUCUGUGGCCUCUUCGCUGACAAAUUCCGUAGUGUAUUUGACUCAAACUCAAUAUCCUCGGACCAAGUUACCAGCGCGGCUUUUUCACUCGAUCAGUCUACGUUCCUAUCCUUAUGGAAAGAGGCCUAUAUGUUUCCGGUGCACAAAAAAGGGGACAGACGAAAUGUGAACAACUAUCGUGGCAUUUCUGCCUUAUGUGCGAUAGCCAAAUUGUUCGAGCUGGUUGUUUUGGAACCCAUUUUUUCGUAUUGCAAGCUCUAUUUCUCAAAUGAAAAACAUGGAUUUAUGCCCAAGCGCUCUACGACUACAAACCUGUUGACAUUCACGUCUACUGUGCAAGACAGUUUUGCCAUGGGAUCUCAAACCGACGUCAUCUACACUGAUCUGUCAGCUGCUUUCGACAAGGUGAACCAUUCCAUAGCCAUCGCCAAACUCGAUCGUAUUGGUAUCUGCGGGUCUCUACUGGAAUGGUUCCGCAGCUACCUGGUAGGACGAAAAUUCAUUGUUCGAAUAGGUGAAUCAUUUUCUAGUCAGUUCUCCGCCAAAUCCGGAGUGCCUCAAGGGAGUCAUCUAGGACCAAUAAUAUUCCUGAUAUACUUCAACGGCGUGCUGUUGCUCCUUGAUGGACCAAAACUAGCGUAUGUUGAUGACCUGAAACUGUAUCGCCGCAUCAACGGUCCCGAGGAUGUAAACUUCCUACAGAGUCAGUUCAACCUCUUCGCCUCUUGGUGUGAUGUAAAUUGCCUUCCCUUGAAUCGCAGUAAAUGUGCAGUAAUUUCGUUUUCCCGCAAGCGACUCCCAUUAUCAGCCAUUUAUCAUCUUGGAAACGAGGCUAUCGCUCGCGUCGAACAAGUGAAAGAUCUUGGCGUGAUUCUUGACACAAAGUUGAAUUUCAAGACUCACACUAACUAUAUCGUCGACAAAGCCUCCAGAUGUCUGGGUGUUCUUUUCCGCAUGACGAAAGACUCCAAGGAUGUCUACUGCUUGAAGAGUCUUUAUUAUCCUGACUGCAACAUGAUGGGCCGAAAAGCGUUGAAACGUGCGAUCAGUAUAUAG